UUCGCUUUCGGGUCAAAUCUCCUGUAAUAAUCUCAAAAUGUUUUCAACCUAUGCGGUACUGUAUUGAUAAUACUGCUCUAUAUCGAAGGAAAAUUGCUACAAUAACAUUUCUAUAGAUAUCUGUAGCACGCUAAACUUGCAAUUACAUUAAGUGUGCGUAUAUUUGUAAGUGAUUGCACACGAUUCGUCGUCUUACAUUAUACAUACUUCGUACACUUUUGCAUUGAAUCGCUUUCACUGUUUCACAGUUUCAGCUGUUAAGGCCUUAAGGAUUACUAUGGACGCCACAAUCGAAAUAAGCGAUGUUGACGAAAUUACAAUCCCAAAGCGCAGUACACCUUUGUGGAUUCACAAGAGUCGCCUUCUCGUCGCGUUCCAGCAAUGGAAUCGUGUUAUUCAUCUGGGUUUUGUCGCAUUCGUGUUAUUGACUCUGUCACUUUUGAGAAGCUACGUGUUAUUUCCCUUUUUCAGAAAUAUUGUUAUACCAAAAGGGAAUGUCACUCUGCCGCAGUCGGGAUCGGGAGGGGAGUGGUAUCUCUUUGCGUUCUUUGUGCUGAUGAUUGGAAUUUUCUACAUAGUAUGCAUCACACUCUUUCCUGUUCUGGUUUUCAUCAACUUGAUCCAGUACGUCGUACGAAUCGAGCUCUGGCAGCGAACCGCAUCUUCGUGCCAUAAACUUUCGCAAUCAGAUGUGGCCUAUAUGACCAGUUGCUACAAGCUGACGCUGAAAUUCUCCCAAUAUUUCCGAUCUACAAUGCUGUGCGCAUACGCACUGUAUCCCGCGAUGCAUAUGUUCGGCGAAGUGUAUUUGAAUGCAGUUCUGUACUACAGCGACGGCGAGGGGUUUAUAUCCCCGGUGUGCGAGAGACCGCCAUACCUACAUUAUCUGAUACCCAUCAUCUGGAUCGAAGCUGCGCAUAUUUUUGUGACAUUUUACGGUGGAUGGGUGUCCGGUUCAUGGCAGAGAGAAAUUAUGUAUACCUGGUACCUCAAGUGGAUUGCCACAAAAAACAUGUCACCGGAUAUCCCAGAAAAUGGCACGGGUUACAAGGCUUUUCAAAUCAUAUUGAAGCGGCUGGACUCAGCACUGACCGAACACGGAUAGAAAGCGGCCAUCAGAUUAACGAGAAGACGAAAUUAAUCGAAUAAUUCGCAACAACUCUCCAAAUAAAUCAAACGGCAUGCUUCUACCGCGCUACAUCUGCAGGACGAGCGACAUGUCUGGGCUGGUUUAAUAUUAGUUCGGGUGUUACUGUAUUAUUAGCAUAGUGCUGGCAUAGCUGAAUUUUUGUGUGCACUGUGGCUGUGAAAUGCUAAUAAUGUGUUCGAGUUUUUACGAGUGCUUGAGGUACUGUAGUACUAGUAUGUUAUGUGUGUGAUUCGUAAUUCGUACCUACGACUUUCUUGCUUUUGAACACUAUGUAUGCGCAGUGAUCA